AUGGACAAUUAAGUUGAAAAAAAAUACAUCGCAGCAGAUAUUUUAAGAAAAAGAAAAUAAAAUGUUGAAAGAAUUUAACACAAAGUUCAAACAAAAAUCCAAAGAUUAAAAGAAAGAAAAUAGAGGCCUGAAAAUAAGCAUCUAACUCCUGAAUUUUUAGUUUAAAAUUACAAAGCUUAAUAAUAAGCAUACUCUAGAUUUAAAAAAAGAUCAUUAAAACUAGCUAGAUCAGAUGAAGAAUUUUAAAAAGAUAGACUUUUAUUAGUAUUAAGAAUCAGAGGAAAAAAAAAAAAAAAAAAAGUAGUUAAAGAUAUUUCUGAAUAAUAAAAGAAAAUCUUAAAACAAUUUAAACUUCCAGAAAUAAACAGUGCGACAUUUUUAAAAGUCGAUAUUAAAACUUUAAAAAGAUUGAAAAGAGUUGAAAAUUAUAUUACUUAUGGUUAUCCUUCAAGAAAAGUUAUUUCUGAAUUAAUAUAUAAAAAAUGCUACGCAAAAAUUAAAGGAUAAAGAGAACAUAUUGAUAAUAAUAAAAAAGUAGAAGAUAAUUUAGGAGAUAAAGGAAUAAUUUGUUUAGAAGAUUUAGUAAAUGAGAUUGUUGAUAUAGGUCCUAACUUUAAGGAAGUUAUGAAAUUCAUAUGGACUUUUAAAUUAACUAAUAAAUAAGAUGGAUGGGAUUAAAAGAAAAUUAUUAAACCUUUUGAUAAAGGAGGAGAAUGGGGAAAUAGAGAAGAUAAAAUUAAUAAUUUAGUGUUUUCAAUGAUAUGA